UUGCAUAGAUGGUGCACGUCGGCAGGCACUUAGCUGCAACUAAAGCGACGUUCAGAGUGUGUUUUACUUGGACGAGGUACAAGUUCGUUUUUGAAUUUCGAUAACGUUUUGAAAUGGCUCUGGCAGAUGCGAUGCUGCCUUCGAUAACCACUUUUGCAAGCAACCAGACUUUGGAGGAAAAGCAGUCCGAAAUUGUACAUCUCUGGAAGGUGGGCGAGAACGAAACCGGUACAACAGGAGAUGACCUGAAACCCCAGAUCGAAGUCGAGUUCAGCAUCGUGGAGACUCCUACUUUGAACAGGGAUGAGGACGACCUCGCCAAAUUCUUGGAUUUAGAGUUUAUCUUGUCUAACACAGUUGCCUCUGAAAACGGUAGCAACUCUUCGCAGUCCUCGGCGUACCAGCUGCCGGAGUCGCCGGAGAGCUGCAGCACGGUUUAUGACAGUGACGGCUCUCACCCCACGCCCACGUACAGCAACGGCAGCUUUACACCCAGCCCCGGUCACAGUUUGGUUGCGGAGCUGCUGACCCCAGAGAUGAACUAUCAGGGCGAUUUAACACAGGACUACAACAUGAAAUCUGCCAUGGACAGGCAGCAGUACACCGAGCUGCGGGCGCUCGGCAUGGGUGACCCUGUCAGUUUGCCCGUGGACAGUGCUCACCACAUGGGUCAUAAAAUUAAGACUGAGAACUUCGAGCAGUCGUGCAUGAUGGCUGGCGACUUCAUGGGACAGAUGUACGAGCAGAAGGCACCGCGCGCCAUGCAGCACGCGCACCUGCACCACCCGCCCGCGUUUCAGGGGUUUGCGCACCACGGCGUGCCGCAGAGUUCCCCGCAGGACGGGGUGGCGCGCAAAGACUGUCACCUGGCAGAGAUGCACCCGCACCACCACCCUCACGUGCAGCACCAGCAACAGUACAUGGGCAAUACCCCUUACCCGCCCCAGUACCCCCACCAUCAGGGUCACCAGGGUGCACAGCAGUAUCACGGACAGUAUGGCAUGUUCAGGGAAGCCUUGCGCGUUCCGCACCCGGGCAUGCCCGGUAUGAUGCUGACCCCGCCGUCUUCGCCGCUGCUGGAGUUCUUCGCACCCGACGACUGCAAGCCAAAGCGAGGCCGUCGGUCUUGGGCGAGAAAACGCACCGCGACACAUAGCUGCGAAUUCCCCGGCUGCGGGAAGACGUACACCAAGAGUUCGCACCUUAAAGCUCACAUGCGAACGCAUACAGGGGAGAAACCGUACCACUGCAAUUGGGAAGGUUGUGGCUGGAAGUUCGCCAGAUCGGACGAGCUAACUCGUCACUACAGGAAGCACACGGGUCACCGACCGUUCCAGUGCCACCUCUGCGAGAGAGCCUUCUCCCGAUCCGACCACCUGGCACUGCACAUGAAGCGGCAUAUGUAAAACGAACGACGUCUGUUGUUAACGAUUCUCGAUGAAAGCAUUGUGUAUUUAUAAUAAUGUAAUUUUGGGGGUAUGGGCGCGGCUUGUAAAUACUUGGAUAUAGUAUCUAUUUGCCACUAAGUUAAGACAGUAUUUAAAGAGGAGACCUAAGAUCAUCAGACCAGAUUAGUCUUCUGUCGUAAAUUAUUAAAAAAAGAAAGUUAGGAUCAUAACAGAGGCUGAUUUGGCAGUGUAAACCAAACAGGGCAGGACCCCAAAGAUAUUUUUUGUACAUAUAUUUUUGAAAUACGGCUUUCAUUUGCUCUAUUUUUAUUAUACAAUUUUGACCAUGUUGCCUCAUGUCAGGGAAGCAUAUGGAUUUAUUUUUAUUUCAUUCAGAAAACAACAGAUUUUUGUACUUCUGCGAUUUGGAGUUUUUCUACUGGAGACUAUGAGUUAUGGAAUUUUGUACUUAUUUCAAAGUUGCUUUUUAAAGAAGAUUUGCUUUUAGUUUGCUUCUCUUAGCAAAACAUUUCAAGUUUCUGAUGGAUCAUGGAUUUCUUGAAGGUUUUAGACUCCAAAGGGCUACAAAUUUAGGUACGGUCAAACUGCCUUUCAAUGAAGUUGUAUAGCUUGUAAAGUCUGUAUGUUAGAGAAACUGUACUCUAUAUAUACUUGAAACCAUACUACCCACCUGGCAGUGGAAAGCAGUGCCUCACUCUGAAAGUGCAGUACGUGUGUGCACGUUUUCAACACUUCAUCAAAACUGAGGACUCUUGUAAAUUUGACACUAGACUAGACAAGGAGAAGUGUAAAUGAACUCUGUAAAUGAAAUGUUAAAGUGUUUUUACGAAGAAUAAAACCAGAUAAAAUACACGCUUCGCUGUGUAUUGUUGUUCACUGUGUCAGAUCUGAAACGAUUGGCAUCCUUUCUGUUUUUUUGCGGCUUUCAUUAUGGAUUGUUAUGUAUAGACAGAUCCUUCUGCAGAGGUUUGAUAUUAUGCACACACCUGUCUAUGGAGAGCACUGAAAAAUAAGCAAAUGUGUUACAGCAAAGAACAUGUUACAAAUGUGUUACAGCAAA